GCGGAUGUUGUUGACUCAGAUUGCAGCCAGCUCUCAACCUGUGGAAGAUUACAUACGAGACCCCGCGCGAUCCCGCACCCCUUUGUCGGGACAGCCUGUGAGACUUCGCGUCCCCGAGCCCCACGCCUGAGGGCGACAUGAACGCGCUGGCUUUGCGACCAGUCCGGACCCGCGACCGCUUCUGGCAGCCCGAACCCGCGCUCCUUCCUCCGGGGUGACGUGCAGCCCGCCGCCCAGACAUAUGGCUCCAAGCCCAAGACCCCAACAUACCACCCUGCACUGGAGGGAUGCCCACGCCUUCUACCUCCUGUCUCCGCUGAUGGGCUUCCUCAGCCGGGCCUGGAGCCGCCUGAAGGGCCCAGAAGUCCCAGAGCCCUGGCUGGCAGAAACACUAACAGGUGCAGGUCAGAGAGAGGCUACGCUGACACCUCCCCUUGUCCCUGAGAAUCACCUCCCGCACGGGAAGGCUGAAGAAAGUGGAGUCCCUGGGCAGAGUGAAGCAGCCCAGGGGCCCUGUCACGAUGUGGAAGCCAGCAGUUCCCUUCCUAAAACUUGGGGACUUUCAGAUGACAAAUUCGAUGAAAAGCAGCACGCCCGCCCAGCUGGCCUGCCUGAACUCCUGUCCCCGGGCCUGCAAGAGGCUGAUAAGAGCCUUGGGGAGGUGGUGGCUAAAAAGGGUGUGGCUGGGCUGCCUUAUCCCACACCACACUGGGAGGGUUGCCCAGCCGAGGAUGGACAACCUGUGAAGGCAGCUUUCCAAGGCUCUGCUGCUUACCUGCCUCCAGGAAACAAACCCAGCACUUCUGUCUGUCACCCAGGGGAGGCCGGACAGCAAGCCACGGAGGAAAAAAGAACAGAAACUAAAGCUGGCCUCCUCAACUCUCCUUCUGGAUCCCACUCCAGAGCCUGGGGCCACCUCUGCCCUCAAGAGGGGCCCAAGCAGGAGAGACAAGCCAACGCGGAGCCACACAGGACAGGGCAGGGUCAGCCUUGUCAGAAUGCAGAAACCGACGAAGAGAGAAAAGCUGAGGCUUCGUCCUUGUCUGUCUGUGCUGGGAGUGCCUUCCUGAAGGCUUGGGUGUAUCGCCCGGGAGAGGACACGGAGGAGGAAGACGAUGGUGAUUGGGGGUCCACAGAGGAAGAGGAAGAUAAGGCCUUGUCCGCCCCUACCUCUCCUGCACAUGCCGUCCUGAAGGCUUGGGUGUAUCGCCCAGGAGAGGACACAGAGGAUGAUGAUGAUUGGGGGUCUGAGAAGGAAGAUGUAGCUCACACCUGUGCCGCCCCGCCUACAAGUGCUCUCCUGAAGGCCUGGGUCUACUGCCCAGGGGAGGACACGGAGGAUGAUGAUGAUGAUUGGGGGUCUGAGGAGGAAGAUAUAGCUCACACCUGUGCCGCCCCACCUACAAGUGCCCUCCUGAAGUCCUGGGUCUCCUGCCCAGGGGAGGACACGGAGGAGGAAGACAGUGACUCGCCAUCAGCUGAGGAAGUCGUAGCCCAGGCCUGCGACACCCCCCAUACAAGUGCCCUCCUGAAGGCCUGGGUCUACUGCCCAGGGGAGGACACGGAGGAGGAAGAUGACUGUGACAGUGUGGCCCCAGAUAAUUCAGAAAUAGCUGACUCAGGCAGAAGUUCCAGCUUUCAGGCCCAGGAGGAGGCAGAAAGCUGUGAGGAAGCAGAGCGCUCUCCCCUCCGCGUGGCCUUCUAUUUACCUGGAGAGACACCAGCACCACCUUGGGCUGCUCCUAAGCUGCCCCUUCGACUGCAAAGGAGGCUCAGAUUGUUUAAAGCCCCCGCCCAGGAUCAGGGUCCCGAGACUCCACCAAAGGCCAGAAAGGUGCAGUUUUCUGAGAAAGUCACAGUCCAUGUCCUUGCUGUGUGGGCAGGACCAGCCCAGGCUGCUCGUCGAGGUCCCUGGGAGCAGUUCGCACGAGACCGGAGCCGGUUUGCCCGCCGCAUUGCUCAGGCAGAGGAGACACUGGGUCCUUAUCUUACCCCUCCCUUUCGGGCCAGAGCGUGGGCACGCCUUAGGAACCCCCCACUUCCUCUGGCCUACCUCCCAGCUCUUCCAAAGCCUGGGCCUUGCUGCUCCUCUGAGGCCACGCCCUUGGGCCAAGCUGUGACCAUGCCCUCUCCCCUUCCCACUGAAGCCCCUUCUCCCAGCCUGGACUUUGGGGGGAGGCGUGGCUAAACCCAAGUAUUUCCUGUUAUUUAUUUUUUUUAAUACGAAAUAAAGCCUUUUGAUUUGUAGUGACCAAGUCUAUGUGUAUUGACAGCAUCAAGGGGGGCUAAAAAUGAUUUCUCUGUCCAAACUGCCGUUUA